CACUCGGCCCAAGAAGCAACACAGCCCCAGCUCUCUUGCUCCGGAGAGGCUCCGCAGGCCGGCAUCGAGGCAGGCGAGCUCGCCCCGGCAUCUCAGCCCACGCCGUGGUCCACUGUCUUGCGAAGAUGUCCGCCAAGCCCUCUGUCGGCUUCGUGAACGAGGCUUCUCGGCAGAUCCUAGCCGGUGGCUCUGCUGGUCUUGUAGAAAUUUGCCUGAUGCACCCUCUCGAUGUGGUGAAAACCAGGUUCCAGAUUCAGAGAUGUGCAACUGAUCCAAACAGUUAUAAAAGCUUAGGAGACAGCUUUCGAAUGAUUUUGCGCACAGAAGGGUUGUUCGGUUUUUACAAGGGGAUUAUACCACCCAUCUUGGCUGAAACACCAAAAAGAGCAGUAAAGUUUUUCACCUUUGAGCAGUACAAGAAAUUGCUUGGAUAUGUGUCACUGUCACCAGCAUUGACAUUUGCCAUUGCUGGAUUGGGAUCUGGACUAACAGAAGCCAUCGUGGUCAACCCUUUUGAGGUAGUAAAAGUUGGCUUGCAAGCCAAUCGGAACAGAUUUACAGAGCAACCAUCCACUGUGAGUUAUGCAAGACACAUCAUUAAGAAGGAAGGUUUGGGACUCCGAGGCCUCAACAAAGGAUUUACAGCAACUUUGGGACGUCAUGGAGUUUUCAAUAUGGUUUAUUUUGGCUUCUACUUCAAUGUCAAAAACAUUAUUCCUGUCAAUCAGGAUCCAACCUUGGAGUUUUUGAGAAAAUUUGGGAUUGGUCUUCUCUCAGGCACAAUAGCCUCAGUCAUUAACAUCCCUUUUGAUGUUGCCAAAAGUCGGAUUCAAGGGCCUCAGCCAGUUCCUGGAGAGAUCAAGUACAGAACCUGUUUUAAAACAAUGGCCACGGUCUAUCAGGAAGAAGGCAUUUUAGCUUUGUAUAAAGGCCUGCUUCCCAAGAUUAUGAGGCUCGGACCAGGUGGUGCAGUGAUGCUGCUGGUUUAUGAAUACACCUAUUCAUGGCUUCAGGAGAACUGGUGAUUGCCUACGGUGUAUUUUUCCCCCUUGUGAAAAUGGAUUUUCAUUAGACAGCACCAUCAGGAGGCAAGACUAUCUAUCAGUUAAGCCUAUACAAUGAUAAAUUAUAAUUAUACACUUAGAUACAGUUGUAAAAGGUAAAACAGUGUUCAAGAACAAAACCUAUUUUGAUACUUCAAAAAUUAUCUCUAGACAAUUUGAAACUGUCGUUUUAAUAUCCUUAAAACUAAGAGGAGAAAAUUAAUACUGUGAAGCAAUGAAAUAUAUAAACUGAAUAUAGAAAAGUAGCAUGGAAAUUAGAUAUAUUCCAUAAAAAACAAUACCAAUGUUAUGACCUAUGUUCCUCUUAUGCGGCUUUACAAUAAAAAUUCAUUGUAUUGAUGAUUAUUUUUUCCUGAAAGGUAAAGAAGUGCUUAUAAGUGAAAAAAAUAUGCCAAAAUUUAAAGUUUUAUAAGGAACUAAAUUCUUCCAUAAAUAUUAUUUAAUCAUAUACAAGGAAAAUGUUUCUGAAGGGUACUAAAAUGGCCUUUUUAAAAUUUCAUGUUAAAAUGUGAAUUGUUGGUUUCAUCUCAUCUGUAUUUUCCUAAACCUACUUUAUAUUUUGCACUGUUGGUUAAAGCAGGUCAUAUUUUUAAAUUAUGAUAUUUGAAGUCUUUUGUGACAAAGAUAAACCAUGAAAUUAUAUUAAAACUACUUUUCUUCACAUAGUUCCCUUUGAAAACAAGUUUUAAUGCUGAAAUAUUUUUAUGUUAAAUCAAAAUUUGAACUGCUCCUUAGGCCUGUGUGUGCUGUCUGUGUUUGCAUCACAUACCUUUUCUCAGAAUUCUUAUCUAUGCCAUUUUUUUAAAAGGAUGUUUAGAAUAAAACUACAUUUCUAGCUUACUAGUUUUAAGUGAUGGUUUCAGAUGUGAAGUCUACCAACUUCAAUGUUAAAAUAUGUAUUACGAAGGAGAAAAUGUUUCAAAAGAGAAGUUCAUUCUUAGCAUUUCCAAAGAUGCCUGUACUAACAUGCACUCAAAAAAAAAAUUUCCUUGACGUUGAUGUAACGAGGCUUAAUUUUAUAUCUGCAUCCUGAAGUGAUGCUCCUUCAGUAGCUCGAGUCAACAAAGAUAUCGGUUCUAGGAUGACACCUGUUCUUAACUAUAACCAGAAGAUCUGUCUACCAUGAAGCUGUAUCACUAAAACAUUUUGAAAAUAAAAAAUGAAAGAUAACAUGGUAGUUAUUACUUUUUAUUAAUU